AACCCAACAUUAACAGACCGUAAAAAAAACACCAACAAUCCCUCUCUCUCUCUCCUCUCUCUCGUUCACACUCUCUCUCCCUCAUCGGGGCGCCAACCAUGGACGUUCGCCGGCGCCACCUCAACCCCCUCCCUCCCCCCACCGCCGGCGAACCCCUCCUCAAGCCCCACAAAUACCAACAAACCACCAACAACACCAAAGCCUCCGACGCUCUCCCCCUUCCCCUCUACCUCACCAACGGCGUCUUCUUCACCCUCUUCUUCUCCGUCGCCUACUUCCUCCUCCACCGCUGGCGCGAGAAGAUCCGCAACUCCAUGCCCCUCCACGUCGUCACCCUCUCCGAGCUCGCCGCCGUCGUCUCCCUCAUCGCCUCCGUCAUCUACCUCCUUGGCUUCUUCGGGAUCGACUUCGUCCAGUCGCUUUUUACUGGCCGGAACACUCAUGAUGGGUGGGAUGUGGAGGAUGAGAUCAACUCGGUGGACCGGUUUGUUAUCGAGGAGGACAGCUUGAAGAAGCCUUGUGGGGCCGGGAUCGACUGCUUGCCGGUUGUGGUGGCGCCGGCUAAGGCGGCGGUUCUGCUGGCGGAGCAGCCUGCGCUGGUUUUGGAGGCAGAGGACGAGGAAAUCAUCAAAUCAGUGGUGGCGGGCAAAACGCCGUCGUACUCGCUCGAAACAAAGCUAGGAGACUGCAGGAAAGCGGCGUUGGUACGCCGCGAGGCGCUACAGAGAAUCACCGGAAAAUCCCUGGGAGGCCUUCCCUUGGACGGGUUCGACUACGACUCGAUACUGGGCCAGUGCUGCGAGAUGCCGGUGGGGUACAUCCAGAUUCCGGUGGGGGUAGCGGGCCCGCUGUUGCUCGACGGGAGGGAGUACUCGGUGCCGAUGGCGACGACGGAGGGGUGUCUGGUGGCGAGCACGAACAGGGGGUGCAAGGCGAUUCACUUGUGCGGUGGGGCUACUAGCGUGUUGUUGAAGGAUGGGAUGACUAGGGCGCCGGUGGUGAGGUUUGGGACGGCGAAGAGGGCGGCGGAGUUGAAGUUCUUCUUGGAGGAUGAUAUGAAUUUUGACACUCUUUCUGUUGUUUUCAACAAGUCGAGCAGAUUUGCAAGGCUACAAGGGAUUCAAUGUGCAAUCGCGGGGAAGAAUCUGUACACCAGGUUUACCUGCAGUACCGGGGAUGCGAUGGGGAUGAAUAUGAUUUCCAAGGGUGUCCAGAACGUUCUUGAUUUCCUUCAGAAUGAUUUCCCUGACAUGGAUGUCAUCGGCAUCUCUGGAAACUUUUGCUCGGACAAGAAACCAGCAGCAGUGAACUGGAUAGAAGGGCGUGGGAAAUCUGUUGUUUGUGAGGCAAUCAUAAAGGAAGAGGUGGUGAGGAAAGUGUUGAAGACAGACGUGGCUGCUCUGGUGGAGCUCAACAUGCUCAAGAAUCUAACCGGGUCAGCCAUGGCGGGUGCUCUCGGCGGAUUCAAUGCCCAUGCCAGCAACAUCGUCUCGGCAGUGUAUAUAGCCACGGGUCAGGACCCGGCGCAGAAUGUGGAGAGCUCUCAUUGCAUUACUAUGAUGGAAGCUGUUAAUGAUGGCAAGGACCUUCACGUCUCUGUCACUAUGCCUUCUAUUGAGGUGGGAACAGUGGGAGGUGGGACUCAGCUAGCAUCCCAGUCAGCAUGUCUGAACCUACUUGGAGUCAAGGGUGCAAACAAGGAGUCUGCAGGGUCCAACUCAAGGCUGUUGGCCACCAUUGUGGCUGGCUCUGUUCUUGCUGGGGAGCUCUCUCUCAUGUCGGCCCUUGCAGCUGGACAGCUAGUCAAUAGUCACAUGAAAUACAACAGAUCUAGCAGAGAUGUGACCAAGAUGUCUUCCUAAAGAAGAGAGAAGAAACAAACAAACAAACCAAAAAAAAACUAGGGGACCAAAAAAAACCCCACGUACCCACUACUUUUUCUUUGUGUAAUUACCCAUUAAAAAGAUAGGGACCCCAAGAAAAAGCUAGAAAUAAUAAGUUCUCAGAUGACAGAGAGAGUGAGGGGAGAAAUAAAACAGAGAAGUCAUGUGGAGGAGGGAGAGAGAGGGAAAUUAAGAAAUGGAACAGAACAGAGCCAGAAGCUAAUACUCUCUGUUUUUGUUAAAGAAAGCAGAGCCCAUGUGGAGUAAAGCCUGGAAAUGUUGUAAUGAAACUCUGGAAGUGGAUUGGCACUGGCUGUAGUGAUGUACUAUUUGUUGUUGUUGUUGUUUUGGUUUUUUUAUUUUCAGUAUGUGAAAGAGGGCUCCCCACUUUACAUGAAUUGUGGCUAUUACUAUUAGCUUGUAAUUUAGGAAGAAAGUGUAUGGAUCCAGAAAUUGGAUUUAUAUUUCUUCAGAACUUCUCAAGUUGUAUAUGAAAAAUGGAGAGCCACCUUCUGAAA